GAAAAUGGCGCCGGCCAUGCUGGUCUUGGUGGUUUCGCCGUGGCCUGCGGCCCGGGGAGUGCUUCGAAACUACUGGGAGCGACUGCUGCGGAAGCUUCCGCAGAGCCGGCCGGGCUUUCCCAGUCCUCCGUGGGGACCAGCAUUAGCAGUACAGGGCCCAGCCAUGUUUACAGAGCCAGCAAAUGAUACCAGUGGAAGUAAAGAGAAUUCCAGCCUUUUGGACGGUAUCUUUUGGAUGGCAGCUCCCAAAAAUAGACGCACCAUUGAAGUUAACCGGUGUAGGAGAAGAAAUCCGCAGAAGCUUAUUAAAGUUAAGAACAACAUAGACGUUUGUCCUGAAUGUGGUCACCUGAAACAGAAACAUGUCCUUUGUGCCUACUGCUAUGAAAAGGUGUGCAAGGAGACUGCAGAAAUCAGAAGACAGAUAGGGAAGCAAGAAGGGGGCCCUUUUAAGGCUCCCACCAUAGAGACUGUGGUGCUGUACACGGGAGAGACACCGUCUGAACAAGAUCAGGGCAAGAGGAUCAUUGAACGAGACAGAAAGCGACCAUCCUGGUUCACCCAGAAUUGACACCAAAGAUGUUAAAAGGAUAACUUCACAGUAAAUCAUUUCUCCUGAAAUAGAGGAAGAUUCUUUAUAUUGUUGUGCUUGUUUUUAAAUCAUCAAUAUAGUUUAACACAUUCUUUCUAAGCAGUUUUGUGUGGGAUAAUUUGAAGAAUAUAUUAUGAGUGAACUCCGAAAAUUUUGUUUAUCCAAAGGCUCAAUGGAUUAUGUUUCUAUUACAUACAAGGUUUUAAGUAAACAAAAUUUCCAGAACAAAAAUAAAAAAUUUAAAAUUCAUAGCAAAAA